AUGGAUCGUUUUGCCUCCACUUCGCGCAUCCCUGGGCCGGGUAGCGGCUCGGAGCGAAGCAGCGGAACGAGUGGGGCCGGAAGUAAUUUAACGGCUGGUACGAGUGGAACGAAUGGAGCGAAUGGUAGCGCAGAUGCCAGUAGCGCUAGCGGAAAGCUUAGUCUUAAAAUCAGCACUGCUGCCGCUGAGGGUCUUAGCAGCGGAGCUGCGCGGUCGGCAGCAGCUUCCGGUAAAAACGCUCCUCGAUUUAAGUACAAGCGCACACCGUCACCACGCGCCUUGCGGGACGGCUCCCCCCGAAGCCGCCGCCCCGCUUCCCCUCGACGCGCCUCCCCGAAGGGCCCUCCGCGCACCCUAGGUGCGGCGGAGAAAUGGGCGGCGGCGCUGGCGCAAGAGCGCAUGCAACAGGGAGCGGUUCCCCAUUCGGUUGAUUCUGGGUUUCUUUCGGAGCCCGAGGGUGGGGGAAUGCGCGCAGCGUUGCGUGCAUGGGCGCAUGGGGGAAGCGCUGGCGUUGCAGGCGCAGCCGCAAUCCGCGCAAUGACGGCGCAGCGUUUUGCGACAGAAGCCGCGCAGCUACGCGGAUUGGAGCAGGCGCUGGCGCGAGCGGGCUCCUCUGCGGCGGUCGUCAGCGGGAAUGGCGGAAAAACGUCGGCUACGGGUGAACAAAAGGCCACGGGUUCAAGUGUCACGACUGCAGCGAAAGGCAACAAUCUGAUGACGCAGCUGCUCCAUUCAAGCACACUCGCUUCUAUCACUGCAACAGGCAUGGGAGGGGCAGGUUCGUCGAAUCAAGCGAACCAGCUUUCUAAGCCUGCGGUAGCUACAGUCUACCACCUCCGCGCGCACCCCGCGGGGGCCUCUGCGCUACAGAUCUCCCCGCUCUUCCUUGCGUACCUCGAAGCUUCUAAGAAGCUUCACGGAUACAGCGUGUUCGAGCUCUCGUGUCAGCUAUCAUCCGUCCACCUCUGGCCGCAACCGGCGGCGCAGUUCAAGGGGGUCGCAAUGCGCCUGCUGCACGCAGGGGGAGCUCCGCAACAGCGCUCCGCCGCGCGGCCGGCGGGGGGAAAAGGCGCGGACUGGGAGGCGCUGCAGCGGAGUCCGCUGCUGCAGUUUUACGUUUUCUGCCGCCAGAUGCUGCUCGAUCUCCUCGCUUCCUCUGCCGCUGCACUCGACGUUUGCCCCCUGGCGCGCGCUGAGGCGGCUGACGUGGCUGGUGGGCCAAAUGCGAAUACGAGUGCAAAGGCGGCGUUUUCGGGCAUCGCGCUGUCGUUCGCGCGCAAGCUGUCGGACCUGCGCUGCCUCCAAGCCGCCAUGGGCGUCUGUUCUCGCUGCCGGAAAGUCUCCGCUCCUCGCGGCGAUGCUGCGUGCGUUUGCGCAUCUGACAGCGGGAAUGACGGCGUGUCCCCUCCGCAACUCGCGGAUAAGUGGCUGACGCUCUGCCGUGGACGAGAGGAGGCGGAAGGCCCGGCGAGAAUAGCGGCGGAUGGGGGAGGGGGAAGUAACGGCACAAGCAGGAAAAGCGCGGGACAGGCUGCUAUUGGCUCGUGGGAGAGCGAGGGCGCGGAGAUGUUGGAGGUGGUGGCUCGAGUUAUCACAGCCGUCCGAUCUCAGGAGAUCAUCAGCAAGUUUAAAGAGCGCAUGGCGGAGAUCGACGGGGCGGAGAGCGCAGGCGGAGGGGAAAUGGGUAGUGCCCGAUCGGCGGAGGCGCAGGCGGUAAAAGAGGCGGAAGAGCGCGUGGCGGGAGCGCUGGAGCGCGCAUGGGUGGGGGGGUGGGAGGAGAGCGAGGGGGGGCAGGGGGAGGGCGGAGGCGGAAGCGGAAACCUGGUGCCCGUGAUCGUGCCGUGCCGCGCCCAUACUGCUGCUUCCGCCUCUUCCGCUUCUUCCUCCUCCUCCGCGUCGUCCGCCGCUUCGCUGCAACUACAGCUCGUGAUGCUGCCCUUCGUGCUGCCCCUAUCUAAGCGCGAGCAGCGCCAACCGCAGCAGCAGCUCUCUCACACAAACAUCCGCGCUCAACCAGCCAAAAGCGGCCACGUGUUCCCGUCGCAGCCGCGUGACGUGGCGCGCUGGCUCGUUCACAUGGCAUGCGUCGACGCCUCGUUGCGCCACAUGGCAGCUGCUGACGUGGACCGCGUACUCUGGGCGCUGGAGCGGGGCCUCGUCCACGUGACAGGCUCGGUCGCGAACCGCUCAGGCUCGACAACAGCCUCAGCAGCAGGCUCGGCAGGGAGGCUCGGAGAGCGAGAGAGGCUGCUGAGGAUGCAGCAGCAGGUAACGGCUCUUGUAACUCUGGUGCUGGAGCCGCAAAUUCCGGCGUCCUUGGCGCCUGCUGCUGCGGGUGGUGCUACGGGUGGUGGCGGUCGGAAGGCAAUAGAAGUGGCAAGCCUUGAAAGUAGCAAUUCUGUGAGCAAUGCUUCGUCUGCUCAGGCUGCUGCCGAUGCUGUUGCCCCCGUCGCUGCUGCAGACGCCGCUGCCACCGCCGCUGCGGUGGUGCUUGUGCCGGCCGAAAGUGACUGUAAUGGCGGUUCAGAAGCAGCCGGGAAGGAGGAGGAAACACACUGUGACGCGCAAUUUGGCAUGCCGGCGGCGCUGCUGCCGUCCAAGCUCGCUGCCUUCGCUGAUAUCGGGCUGCCGGCUGCCUCUCUUGCUGCCGGCGCGUUUGGUGAUAUUGGCCUCCCGGCCGCCUCCGCUGCUGCGAGUGAGGAGGCGGAGAGUGAGGAGUGGCAUGACGCGGAGGAAGAGGGGGAGCAGGCGGAAGAAGAGGGGGGAGAGCAGAGGGGGAUCAUGGUGGGAGAAGCGGAGGGGGAACGGGGGGUGCAGGCGGAAGGGGAAGAGCAGGGGAAGAAUGAGGAAGAGGCGACAGUGGAGAGCAAGAGUGGUAAUGAUGAGGCGCGGUCCAACGCGGUGCAAGGCGAUGCUGGCGCUCAGAAAUCCCUCGUGUGCGUUCCAGAAGAGGAAGACGUUGCAGAAGAGGAGGAGGAGCGAGGAGAGGGAGGCGAGGCGGCGAGAGAGGAGGAGAGAGAGAAGGUGAGAAAAGAGGGAGUGAAGGCGGAAAAGGUGGAGGAGAGAAAGGAUGAGAAGGUGGGAGAGGAGGGGGAGAGGAGGGAGGAAGAGAAGAGGAUUGAAGAGGAGGGAGGGGGCGAGCAAGAAGAGGUGCUUCCGGCGCAACUGGCGGCGCUGAUGCCGGCGGAAGGGACGUGCGACCGAAGCAGCGGGCAGACAGGCGGAGGCGGAGACGCAGGCGGAGCUGCAUCGGUGAGUUGUGCGCAGGCAGGCGGCGGAAAGACUAUGGCCGCGCAGAUAGAGGGGGAGGUUGCGGAGGAGAAGCGGGGAGGGGGGAAGGUGGCGGAAGAUGAAAGCGGAGAGGGGGUAAAGCGCGGAGGGGCGCGCAAGUGGAUGGACGUGGGGGACAUGGUUGCGCUGUGCGAGAGUAUGCUGCAGGGGGAGGGCGGAGUGGGGGAGAAUGGGGAGGGGGAGGGAGAGGCGGAGAACGGGAAGAAGUGGCAGGUUUGCGGUGGUGAGGCGGAAUCAAAGAGAGGUGGUAAGGCUGAUAAAGAGAGCGGCGGAGACAGCGGGAGUGGGAGCGGGGGUUGCAGUGACCAAGGGUCGGAAGGCAGUGUGACUGCAGAGGGGGCGGACUCUCUGCCUGUGCUGCUCGCCUGCGCCUCCCCGCCCAUGUCUCCGCGCGCACGGCCCGCCGUCCAAUCGUCCUCCGCCACGUCAUCACCUGCCUUCCGCGCGCAGCUGCCGUCAGCGGCGCUGGAGUGGCACGGAAAGACCGCCGCAUCUUCCGCGUAUGCUUCCCCCAAGGCUGCGCCCGCAUCACUCUCCGCGCUCGCAUCACCCAAAGCCGCGCCUGCUGCUUUCACGUCCCCGGCACUGCGCGCUGCUGCCGCCGCCAGAGCCGCCGCCGCCGCCGCCACUGCAGCCGUCGCCCGCAGCAAGGAUGGGCGCGCGGCGGGUGUAGGGGGCGGGGAGGGCAACACUCACAUGCCAUCCUCAUCGUCAGCGGUGCACUCGCCGCUGCUGUCGCGAAUGCAGCAGCGCGUGAAAGGGGAGGGAGCCACGCAGGGCUCCUCGGAUGCCGCCAGGAUGCGCGCCGCGGAACUUCCGCCGCCGCUAGACCUCAGCUGGCCGCAUGACGUCACCACUCCUGCUACUGCUACUGCUGGUGCUUCUGCCGGUGCUGGUGCAUCAGGGAAUGGGGAUGCGGGGUUGAGAACGAGUGGCGGAUGGCAGCGGCAGGGGGAGUCGACGGCGGCGAAGGCGGCGGUGGUGCGCGCGGAGGCGGCUGCGGCGGCGGUGACGGCGCUGGUGGCGCGGAUCGCGCAGGAGCAGGAGCUCAUGCGGCGAUCCGUGGAGAAAGAGGAGGAGCGGGCGCGGGAGAGGGAGGAGGAGAGGGAGAGGGAGAGGGAGAGGGAGAGGGAGAGGGAGAGAGAGAAGGAGAGGGAAGAAGAGAGGGAAGAGAGGGUGCAGGAGAGGAGGAAGGAGGAGGAGAAGGCAAGAAGGAGUGUGAAAUCGAGGGAAGGUGGGAAGGAGACAGGGAGAGCGAAGGGGAGAGAGGGCGCAGGCGGAAGGGUGUUUGGGAAGAAGGCGGGGGCAGGGGGGCAUGGGGCGGGGAUCGGCGGGACUGCUGCAUCGUUUGACUUCUCCCUGGUAUUUGGGGGGAGGGACGGCGGGCGGGGGAAGGGGGAGAAGGGGGAGAGGCGGGAAGCGGAGGCGGAAGGGAAGGGGGAGAGGGAGAAGGGGCAAGUGUCUCGGUCUGUGGAUUGGGCAGAGAUUGGGAGGAUUGAGAGGGGAGAGGUGGUUGUGGGGAGUGAAGGGAGUGAGAGCGUGGAGUGGGAGGAGGCUGGGGAGGGGAGCGAGAGCAUUGGAGUGUUGGUUUUCGAAGAGGGAGGGUCGGCGGAGGAAGUAGAGGCGAAAGGCAAGGAGCAGGAGCAGGAGGAGAAGGAAGCGAGGGAGAGGGAGGAGAGGGAGAAGGAGGAGAGACUCGCAGCGGUGGCAGCGGCUGCAAGAGCAGCUGCUGAGGCGGCAGCAAAGGCUGCCGUUGCAGGCAGCACUGGUGGCAGUGCAGCAGAGCUAAUGGAGGGAUGGGCGGAGGUGGAGGAGGAGGAGGCUGAUGAGAGUUCCACGUGCCAGUCGUGCACACAGUCGUCAUCGCACUCAUCGGAGGACAGAGUGACAAACCUGGCUGCCAGCGUGGCAGUAGCAGCAACACCAGGAGUCAACGCUGCCACUGGCAACAGCAGCAGCACUGGCAAGGCCAAGGCGAAAGAGCAGAAGAGUCAGAAGAGCGAGCAGACUGGCACACCCGGCGCCAAGCCUGAAGGGGUGAAGCUCACCAGGUCCGGUAGCGGCAGCAGGUCCGGCAACUGCAGCAGGUCCGGAAGCAAGGCCACCAGCGGUGGCAGCAGGUCCGGCAGCGGUUCGGCAGGCUCAGCACGGGCCGGUGCUGCGAGUGGGAGCAAGAGCAAGAGCAAGAGCAGAGGCACCACUAACAGCACCAGCAGCACCGGCAAAAGCAGCAGUGGGAAGACUACCAACGGCAAGGGAAGCAGCGUCAAGAGCAGCAAGGCAGCCAAGCCGGCGGGGCCAGGGACGAAGGGAGGCAAGGCCAGCGCGCCUCUAGCGCCUGUACUGGACCCUGUCACGCAGAGCCUAGUGGAACCUGUCAUUCAGGCGGUGGGGGUUGAUGAGGGGGAAGAGGGUGAUGUUGCCGCAGCAGCAGCAGCAGCAGCAGCAGCAGGCACAAAGGCGGCAGGAGCAGGGCUAGGAGUGGCAGACGCAGCAGCAGAGCAGUUUGGCAUGCCGGUGGCCCUGCUGCCCGCAGGCAGCACAGAGAAAGCGUCACAGGACGAAGUGAAGGUGGUGGUGCAAGGGGCAAGCCAACAGCAGCAAGGUAAGGUGGAGAGUGCGGGAGCAGAGAAGGAGGUCCCAAAUGGCGUAUCAUUGUCCGCUGCUGGUAAAUCCGUCUCCCUCCCUGUGUUGCGCAACCCUCUUGCAUUCACUGCCACCACUGCUGCCACUGGAGCAGUGGCAGCAGUGGCCGCAGCAGCAGCGACCGCUCCCAAGGUCCGCAAGGGGGCUCUCAAGAAACCAGGGAGUCCCUCCCGCUUUGCUCUGCGUCACAGUGAGCAGAAACCACAGCAGCUGCAGGGCCAGCAGGGGCAGCAGCAGCAGCAGCAGCAGGAGCAGGAGGCAGAGGGGAAGAGGCAGAUCCCACGCGUGUCCUUCGCAGCGGUGGCGCUGCUGCUGGUACCAGGCGUGGGAGUGGAGCAGGUGGCAGUGCGCAUGCACACCGACGACCACCGCGCCCCCCUCAUCAGCCGCAGCGGCGUGCCUGCCCGCUCCACCUCCCCUGGCAGAGGCUCGCCCUCCCCCAGUAAAACCCACCCUUCCGCUUCCUCCACCUCCACCACCUCCUCCUCCCCUUCACCUGGUAGAGGCUCUGCUUCUGCUGCUUUCUCGGGCUUCUCCCCUUCCCCCGCGUCUGUCAAGAGCGGGAUGAUUUCGCCCAGGGGGUUGAUUUCGGGCAGGGCAGGGGCAGGCAUGGUGUCUCCAGGGAGGAAGAAUGUUGCGUCUCCGGGCAGGGAGCUUUUGUCUCCAGGCAGGAACAGCAGGGGCGGGAGUCGGGAAGCUGGUGGUGGUGGUUGGAGCGACCAUGAGCCAGAGAGCUGCGAUGAAGCAGCCCCCAGGGAGCACAGGGCGCCCACCCCGGCACGGCCCCGCCGCUCCAUCUCCCAGACCUCCCUCUCUUCAGACGCCCCACUCAUGCGCUCCGCCUCUACCCCCGCCCCUGCUGCGGCUGCCUCCUCUGCUGCCGCCUCUGCUGUUCCCACUGCUGCCUCUGCUGCCACCUCACCUGCAGCAGCGUGCACGCCGUGUGUCACCACAGCCUCGUCCAUGCGCCAUCGCAUGAAGGACUAUGACCAGUCGCGCAUCGACCGCCUCAGAGACGGUGUGCCCCUUGUGCGAGACGGUGUGCCCCUGGCGGCACGUGAUUCUCCGCAGGCUGGCCUGCCCCUUGUGCGUGACUCCUCUCUGCCUCUGCCUCUCGUCCGUGACUCUUCCCUCCCGGCUCGCCUCUCGCACCACCAGCCAACCCACCAGCAGCUACAGCAGCAGCAGGAGGGGGCAGGAGGUAACCACCAGAUGCCAGCGCCUAUUCCUGAGGACGAGGAAGUUCUCCCCCUGCGAUCCCGCCGCAGCUCCAAGUCCCCCUCGCACACCUCCUCUCACCUCACAGCACAGGCAGGUGCCACUCCCCGCCACCCCCGCGCCGCUGCUCCCUCUGCCAAGGCCUCCCCGGCCCAGAGCAGCAGCAAGGGAUCCCCUGCUCUCCCCUCCGUUUCAUCUGCCAGACUCUCCUACUCGACCCCGCCGUCACCCGCACGUUUCGGCCUCGUCCCUCCGUCACCGACCCACUCCCUCGUCUCCUCCACGUUCGCUCGAAUCCCCGCCUCUCCUGGCCGGGAUCUGUUUGGGGGAUCAGCUUUCAGCAAGGAGCGAAAGGUGGAUCAUGGCGCAGUAGAGGGCGUGGGAAAGCUGUCAAAGGUGCCUGAGGAUCCGGGAGAGAAGGCAGGAGGGGAGAAGGUGAAGGACUUGAAGCACAAGUGGAGGUUUCCCAGCAUGCUGCUCCGAGUGGGCGGCGGGAAAUCGUGA